AUGACGAUCGAUCCGAGCAGUCUUCACGAGCGGCUCGUGGACCACGUGAGGGCGGUCAGCGGCGAGCCCAACAGUCAAACUGGCGUUUGGGGCGAACACUCUUACGCGCGGCCUAGAGGCGUCGCGCCCGACCCGCUCAUACGGACGCUGCUCGCGCCGCGGCCCUCCUCGCCCGACGAGGGAGACGUGUUGGACGUGGAGGGAGGACCGACCUCACCACCCGGACUACCGAUGGACGACGACCACUCACGAGACUCAGAGGAAAACGACUGUAAUGAAGACGAGGAGGACUGGGAGAUACGAGUGACGGGGCUCGCACCCACCGCGGGACACGCGCGGCUGGUGGGGGACGUGGCCGACGUGCUGAGGGGGCUGCGGCUGGAGAGACUGGCGGGGCGAGGGGGGAGGUGGGGGAGGACGGACGGGGCGAGGGACGCGGCCAGGAGGGUGAGGAGGGUGCUCGCCUCGCACUGGACCAGCGGCGCCGCCGCCUGGCUGCACGCUGCCUUGAGCGGGGGUCUGCCGCCACCGAUGAGGAGAUACUACGACGAGGUGCUGGCCGAGCUGUGGCGGACGGUGCCCCGCCUGGCCGAGAGACUGGGUGCGCCCCGACCACAAGCACUACAACACGACCCACUCGCCCUAGUUGGCGAGAGGCGGCCGGCGAGCGAGCCCGGCCCGUGGCUGGCGUGGGCGCCGAGCGGCAGCAACACGGAGGACGCGCGAUGGGUGAGGCGGCUGGGUGCCCUACUGCACGUGAGGGAGCUGGUCCCGGGCGCGCCGCACGCGCCGGGCCUCGCGCCGGACCGCUGGUGCGCGAGCCUGGCGCACGAGGCGAGGACCGCGCUCAGCGACUUGCUGGCGGAGGCGGGCAGGAGGCCGGUGCUGCUGGGCGGGGCGGGCGCGGGCGCGGCGCUGUGCUCGUGGCUCGCGGCGGGCGGGGCGGGCGCGCGCCUCCGAGGCCUGCUGCUGCUGGCCCCACCUCUACUCACGGCCGAGGGUCCGCGGGACUCGGCGGAGGAGCCCGCGGACGAACCGGACCUGCCGCUGCUGGUGGUGUCGGGCACGGCGGGCGCGGCGUGCUGGCGGGGGGCGGCGGCCGAGCUGUGUGUGUGCGGGUCGCGGGCCGCGUGUCGCCGCCUGCUGGUGGUGUCUGGUGCCGACGACCGCCUCCUCCUGCCCCGCGCGUAUCGCCGCCUGCUCCGUGUCCCUCAACAGUCUGUGGACGCGGCCGUGUGUGAGGAGUGCGCGCGGUGGUCGCUGGACGUGGCCGAGUCUCCGCCCAGGGAGCGUUCCAGACGGAAGGUUGGCGAGGAGGACCGCGGGACACAGUCAGGUCGCUCCAUCGAGAUAGUCGAGGGCCGCGUGGUGCAGCGCGGGAGUGGCGCGGCCCUGGAGCUGCAGCCUCCGCGACGCGUCAAGAGGCCCGAGAGGUCCGGGCAGGCGGGCGAGGGGCCCGGCGGCGAGGAGGCGCUGGCGGCCGCCGACAUCAUGCAGCUGCCCAUCGUGUUCGCGGACGACGAGCCCCCCGCGCCCCCCGCCCUCACCGUGACGAGCGGGGCGCCGCGCGCCGUGAGAUACACGCGAGUCAUCGUGGCCAAGAAGACGGCGCGCCGACGACACAAGCCUCACGAACACUGA